AUGAACCCAGCUGAUAACUGCCUACCUUUGGUCCUCCCUACAAUCUCCCUGCUACAUCACCAACAAACGGCCUUACUCUACUCCCUCAUACCACCAUACGAAUCACAGGCAAUGUCAGAUAAGGUCUUAGGAGGUGGAAUGUUACUCGUCGCCGGAUUCGUAUUCGUAUACUACACCGUUUGGGCGUUGUUCCUCCCCUUCAUACCUGCUUCUUCCCCCGUCCAAGAUCUAUUCCCCUCUCGCGAAUGGGCAGUCAGAUUACCUCUUUUCCUCCUCUUGACGGGAAUGAGCGGUGUGGGACUUUUCUUCGCUCGUGUCACCCUGAGUGAAGCUCGUAAAAAGCGUAUGAGAGCUGGGAAGACUGCGUGA